AUGGAUAAUACGGUUGUUGGAGAGCCUAUGGAUCUAUCGGAGAUGAGAUCUGAGACCGUAGGUGAGAAGAGACCGCUGGAGAAUGGUGUUGAUAGAGAUUCGGGCAUUAAGAAGGCUAAAGGAGGAGGUGUUGAUGUUGGGCUGGCGAGUAAUGUGAAGAAGGUGGCUGAGAUUGUGUUGGUGCUGGCUACUAUGGGGAAGAUGAGGGGCGGUAGGAAGCCAACGGCGGUGGAGGUGCAGAUGAUGGCUGAGGCGAGGGAGAAAUUAGCUGAUGUUUGUAAAGAAUUUGCUCCAAAAGAUAUUUUUCCUAGGGAUGCUUUUGGGUCAGUAAUUGAGGAUCUUGGUCUUAAUAGAUUGAGGGAACAGAGGUUAGGGAUUCGGCCUCCAAAGAUGUCGAUUGCUGAGAAAUUGCAGCUUACAAAGCAAAAGAUGGAAAAGUCAGAGGUUUUCCCAUUACAUUCCAAUAUGUAUACACCUCCAAGACUGCAAUCAAACAUAAGUGGGGCUACUGAAAACCGUGGGGCGUCUGUAAGGAUGUUUCCAUCAGAUAAAACAAAUCACACACCUGUUUCUUCCGGAAGCUUCCAGAAUCCUUCAAACGUGGUUCAUGCUUCUGCAUCCAACACACGAGCUUUACCUUAUCAAUUGCCCACAAGUGAGGUAAGACCUGGUGUCUCCAAUAUCAUACAUAUGGGAAGAGAUUCUUCAUUGUCAGUGCCUCGAGCUGAAAGACCACAUUUUAGAAUAGAUGGAGGUGCAAAUGGUUCUUAUAAUACAUCACAGUCCCAAGUGAUUGGAGAUCACAUGACAGGGAAAACUCCAUCAUGGUCUAUGCAGCCUCAAGCUGCUUCUUUUGGUAAAGCUGGAUCUGAUAAGGUAAAGGCAGAUGGCUCAUCUAGUCAUGUAAUUACAUCUAAACCAUUCAUCACUCAAGGAACACCUACUCCUAUGAACACGAAUCAUGUCCCACAUCGUAUGAACUUCAUUCAACCUCCUUCUGUCAGCGAUACACACAGUGAAGUUAGUAAAAUUGUUCAAAAGUUACUGCACCCGCAUCUGCCAGAUCAUCCCACAUGGACACCUCCUUCAAGGGAUUACAUGACCAAGGCUUUGACUUGUCAAAUGUGCAAGGGGACAAUCAAUGAUGUGGAUACUGUACUUGUAUGUGAUGCUUGUGAAAGAGGGUAUCACUUGAGGUGUCUACAUUGUAAUCCGAAAUCUAUCCCUAGAGGUGAGUGGCAGGAAUGGCAUUGUGCAAAGUGUUUGACCAUAAGCAAUGGAAAACCUCUUCCCCCUAAAUAUGGUCGUGUUAUGAGAAACAUAAGUACACCAAAGUUAUCUUCAAAUACUCUAACAGAUCAGCCAUCUUUAGAUAAGAAAUCAAAUGGGAUCUCUGAUCUUUCACAAACUGCUUCUGGUGAAACCAACAGUAAACUGACAGAAGUAGAAAAUGAGAAACAUGACAAGUCUUGUUUGGUUGAAAGAUCAAAUGAGGAGAAGUUUGCAAUGCUGUCAGCACCACAGCCUCCUGCUAAUCUGGAGGCAGUUACCAGUUUUGAAAAUCAUCAUACACAGACACAGACACAGACAGAGACAGAUGCUCUUGCACAGCAGUCUCAAAACAGUAGUGAUGUCCAAGAAGUUUCACAUAGUGGACAACAAAGUUUAGAACCUGGUGUUAAUGGUUCAGACUCAGUUAAGGAGGAGGGUGAAGAAGGUGAUCCUGAUCCUGUUAAAAAAAGUGAAACUCAUCAUGUUGUGGUUGGUGAAAAUGAGGACCCUUUAUUGAGUAGCAUAGCAAUGAAUGAAGUUGAAUGGGUUGGGGAUGUGGUAAAAGAAAUCGAUGGAAAAACAUAUUACCAGUCUUGUUGCAUCAAUGGAACUUCAUAUGCAUUAAAGGAUUAUGCACUUUUCAGCUCCCCUGGCAAUAAAUAUUUGCCUAAUAAACUACAAGAAAUGUGGGAAGAUGAAAAGACGAAAAAGAAGUGUGUUACUGUGACUCGGUGUUUUUUUCCUGAUGAUUUGCCUGAGGGUGUUGGUCGUCCAUGUGCACCAGAAACCAAUGAGGUAUAUGAAUCGAAUCAUGAAAGCACACUAUUGGCUGGGUUGAUUCAUGGGCCAUGUGAGGUUCUUCCUCCAAGCAAGUUCUCUGAAGAAAACGCUGUUAGAACUCGUUUGAGGGCAAGAGGCAGUGAUAGACGAAAACCUCUUUUUCUUUGCAAAUGGUUUUAUGAUGAAAUAAAACGGCUAUUUCGAGAUGUUACAUGCUGAUCUGAUGUAGUAUUGUACUAUUGUGGUGUGGGGGUGAUGCUGUCUGGUUGUUAGAGCCUUAGAGGGUAUACAAUUACUGACCAAAUCUGUACAACAAAGUAACAGUGGCUGGCAGCUGGCUGUAAUUCUUAUUGACAGGAGGAACACAUUUUAAAACCAAAAAAGUUGUUAACAGACAGCAUCCAUCUCCCACUCCUUGUAUCCCAUCACUCUCUAGUAGCUGACCGAGGGAGGGGUGGUGUGGUUAGAAAUUUAGCUACAGCGUCUUUUGUUUGAUCAUGUCAUGUCAUUGUUUUCAACCAACAUAUAAUUCUUAUUUAGUCAGUCAUAUCAUGUUUUUUUUUUUUUUUUUUUUUUUU